ACAGUAAUGUCUAAAUAGUUGAAUGGUUUACAUAGUUGAGAUACCUUACAGACAACCAAGACAAACUAGAAUUCACAUGAUGAGGCGUUAUUCAGAACAAGAUGAAAGUCGUGAAGUUAGUCACACGUUCCGUCAUCAUUCUCUUUCAUUAACAAGACGUUAUCACCGAUUUAAAAAUAGUUUAAUGAAUAUAACAACUCCAAUGCUUUUUACCAUCAUAUUCUGUCUUCUACUUUUCGUUCUUCUGGAUCAUAAGGAAGCAUCGAGGCGUGAAUCUGCAUGGUUAACUAAAGAUAAAGAUAUAAAAGAACAUCCUGAACAUAGAUGUGGAUACAACUUCUUAACAGACAGAGGACAGCCACAGCGCUGUAAUACCAGGUCAGAGAACUAUCAAGGGUUUCAGGGGUUUCAUCAUAUAAAUAUCAAAGGGAAUGCACACGCGUAA